UUAUUCCGAAUCUUGCGGAGGUCCGAAGGUAUUGAUUCACUUGUCCACGGGAGACGAGUUGCUUUCCACUCCAGCUUAGCUAGGCCGGCAUACCGAGGCAAUACGAAAGGGAAGUACAGCAUCAUGGGGGAUGCAGGGCGAACAGCGCGAACUUCUCCGGUGAUGCGCACAAGAGGGUAUCAGCAAGAGUUAUUGGAAGAGAGCUUGCGUGAAAACAUCAUCAUCGCGCUCGAUACAGGGUCUGGCAAGACCCACAUCGCCGUGCUCCGGAUGAAAUUAGAGACAGAACGUCAAGCCAGCAGGGUAUCGUGGUUCUUGGCGCCGACGGUGGCUCUGGUCGAGCAACAAUACACUGUCAUAGAUGAAGCUAUACCUGUCGCUGUCGGCAUGAUAUCUGGCGCAUCGGAGCCGAAUCAGUGGAAGGAUGCGGUUUUAUGGCAGACGCUUCUAGCCACGCAUCGAAUCAUAGUGUCAACCCCUCAAGUCCUGCUAGACGCUCUGCUUCAUGGUUACAUCGACCUCGGAAGAGACAUUGCUCUGAUGGUGUUUGACGAAGCUCAUCAUGCGACAGCCAAACACCCAUACAACAUGAUAAUGCAACAGUUCUAUCUCGCUCUGCCACGUCGGUUUUCUAGCGUAACUUCAGCCGACCGGGUACGCCCCGCGAUCUUAGGUCUUACCGCCAGUCCCAUAUACGGAGGCAACGUCGAGCUUUCUUUCGAGGCUUUGGAACGGAAUCUUGACUGCACAAUCCGCUCUUCGCGCAUGAACCGCGACGAACUUGCACAACAUGUCCACCGACCGGUCUUCAAACACGUCCUAUAUGCGGCACCGGAGUAUGAUUACGAAUCGAUUCCUUCUCGCAACUGUCAUGCUCUACAAGCUGUGGUGGACUCGAUGAACAUCGAGAAUGAUCCUUACGUGCGGACUCUUCGGGCACAGCUAAACAGGCUUCAGCCGGGCGAUGAGCGCAGACGUGUUGAUCAGACAUUGUCCAAAACCAUCCACAAGCAGGAUACCUUCACACAUCGAGGCCUCAAGGAUUUCGCUAGGACAGCAGCGGAGAUAUGCAUGGACCUCGGUGAAUGGGCGGCUGAUUGGUAUGUCAUCAAGGUGAUAGAGCAGGCUCAACGUGCUGCCAAUCCGUACAAUAACAUCAUGACCAGCUGGAAAGAGAGCGAGAAGAAAUAUCUACUGGAGGUUCUGUCUCGCGUUCAGCUUACUCCAGUAUCCUAUCACCCUUCUGAUAUUCGCGCGUCACUGAAAGUGUGGGCUCUGGUCAAUACCCUGGUCGCUGAGGAAGCAGAUUUUCGGUCCGAAGAAGAAUUAUACAGCGGCCUUGUCUUCGUAACUCGCAGGGAUGCAGUCAUUGCAUUGGCUGAGUUGCUCGAGCGGUUGCCGGAAACAGCGCAGCUCUUCCGUGUUGGCUGCCUGCUUGGAAGCUCAGCUAGUACGCGCCGUCACUCAUUCCUCGACAUCACUCGUGAGAUGGUUCGAGAAACUCACAAGCAAACGCUCAGCGAACUGAGGAGCGGGGAGAAGAAUUUGAUCAUCGCUACCGCUGUCGCAGAAGAGGGGCUUGAUAUCCAGGCCUGCGGCAGCGUGAUACGCUUUGAUCUUCCUAACAACGUCGUCGCCUGGGCGCAGAGCAGAGGACGAGCACGUCGCCGACGAAGCAGCUUCAUCCUCAUGUUCCAGGAUGACAGCAGUCAUCAAAAGCAAAUCCUUCAAUGGGAGGACGCAGAAAGGCGUAUGAUGGCCCUGUACACCGACCCAAGCAGAGUUGCUAGACAAGACGAGGAGGAGGAUGAAGAGGACGGUGAUCUGAAAUAUACAGUCGCGUCUACCGGUGCCACGUUAACGCUGGAUUCCGUCACCAGUCACCUCAAUCAUUUCUGCUCCGUACUGCCCAAUGCUUCUUAUAGUGGUCAAUACGCCGUCUAUGAUCUCGACCCUCCUGACUAUCCCGAGGAUUGGCAUUCCCAACAGGAUCGGGCAAGGGGAAUGCCCCCUUAUGAAGGCCCUUGGGGAGCUACUGUCACAUUACCCCGUUCAAUGCCAAAAGAAUUCCGUGUCUAUUCCACUGAUCGAGUGCAUAAGACGAAGCGAUCUGCUCAACGACACGCGGCAUUCAAAGCAUAUGUCGCGUUACACCAAGCUGGUCUCGUAAAUGACAACCUUCUGCCGCUAACAAGCGCUAUUGAACCUGACCACGGGGAAGAAGUGAAAUUAUUGAUCAAGGAAAUCGAGAAGCGAGCGGGCUUGGAGAAGGUACCACUUCAAAUGAAUCCAUGGGCACCGACACGUGAAGGCGAGAAAUGGUGGCGCACUGAACUCGUCAUUGAAGGCCUGCCGCCCCUACACAUGCUUACAAAAAACGCCAUUUCAGAGCUGAACGACAAUCUCGCAGUGUAUGUUCCUGGUAUGGGUGCGGUGCCAAUCCAUUUGCACCCGCUCGGCGAUUUCAUGCAUGAUGAGGAGUAUCUCGAGCGCGCUCGUAUUUUCACGCGCCGAAUCUUUGCAUGCCGCCAUCAUGGACGCAUGAAACCUGACAACACUUCGUUUGCAUACCUUUUCCUUCCUCAGAAAACCGGCAAGCACGAACCCGCCUGGGAAGAAAGGCGGGCAUGGAUGCUGAAGCGCAUGGACAGCUCGGAAGUGCGGAGACUAGAGACCCUUGACCGAGUCAACGCUGGAGUAUUCGGACAGCGAUUCGGAUAUCCUGACGAUGUGGGCCUGGUGCGAUCCAACCAGAAAGUAGACAAGCCCAUGCGCUUUCUUCGUUGGUGUCAUGGUCCGCUCGGAGCUAACGAGGUCAAGGAGAUACUGGAGCGAUACGAAGGCUAUGUCGAUGGAGGCAUCAAAUAUCCCGUAUUGCAAGCGAUGCCAUUGCCGCGUCGAACUGAUUUUACCCAGCCUCUAGACACGGAGACGCAAGGUCUUUCACGUGAUGAACCGGAGUACCUUCUUCCCGAGCUUGCAAUCGUAGACCUGCUGUCCCAUGAUGACUUCCAAUACGCGCUGCUGAUGCCAUCCGUUCUGAGGCUGCUGGCCAGAUCUCUCACCGUCUCUUCAUUCCGGGAGAACCUACUGGUUGGCAGUCCCGCCUAUCGUACUUCUCUCUCCCUUCUCAAGACCGCUCUCACUGCCCCAGUCUCCGAAGUGCGGGAACAUUACCAGCGCCUCGAAACAUUGGGAGAUUGCGUGUUGAAGUAUGUUGUGAGCAUACAGCUGUUCGCAGAUCAUCCCAUUUGGCACGAAGGCUACCUUGCCAGGAGGAAGGAUCAUGCUGUCUCAAAUGUCCAGUUGGCCAAAGCUGCUAUUUCCAAAAAGCUCUAUAAUUGGGUCAUCCGAGACCGGUUCUCCCCAAAGAAAUGGCGGCCUUGGUAUCUGGACGAUGAGGAAGUUUUUGUCGUCGAAGAAGAACAAAUUACGGAUGAAAUCGCCGUUCCUGCAGCCAACGAGACGAAGAAGCGAAAGAAGACGCAGGAGCUGUCCACCAAGGUGUUGGCGGACGUUGUCGAGGCAUUACUAGGAGCAGCAUACGAGCAUGAUGGAUUCGAUCUGGCUGUGGAUUGUGUUGUAGUCUUCGGCUUGGGCCUUACCUGGAAGAAGAUCCCCGAGCACAUCGAUGCCAUUCUGCAAACGGUAGAGCACAUCGAUAACCCGCCUCCGCAGCUCGCACUCGUGGAAGAGAUGCUAGGCUACACGUUCACUCGAAAGGCGCUCCUCAUACAGGCGCUCACGCACGCAAGCUAUGCUGGCGAGCUCGAAACGAUGUCAUACGAACGCCUAGAGUUCUUGGGUGACUGCACCCUAGAUAUGAUCGUGACAGACUACCUCUACCACGCCCCCGGUAAGAAGUUCAAACCAGGCUAUAUGCACCUGUACAAGGAGUCCCUCGUGAAUCAGCAUCUCCUCGCAUAUUUCUGCCUCAAGACGCACACUGCCAUUAGCUCUGAGAUGCCGUCCUGGACGCCAAGCGCUGGUGUGUCGGUCGCAUCUCAGCAACAUGAGAUCGGCUUAUGGCGCUGUCUGCUCCACUCGAGCAACCAAAUCUUGAGAGACCAGGAGGUCGCAACUACUCGAUUUGAAAAGGCUAGCUCGGCGAUUCAUGAGGCGCUCAAGACGGGGAUGAUAUACCCUUGGGCUGCGCUCACGAGCCUCCAGGCGCCGAAAUUCUUUAGUGACAUGGUAGAGAGCCUGCUCGGCGCCGUAUUCAUCGACUCGAUGGGCAAUCUGGAUGCUGUCCGUGGCGUACUCAGGACAUUGGGCUUCAUCGACCUGAUGGAGCGGAUUGUCCAAGACGAGGUCGACGUCCUGCACCCCGUCUCUCGCCUGGCGAUAUGGGUCCACACGCAGGAGAUUGACCACGAACUCGAGCUGGACAUUCAGAAGACCGGCGGAAACGUCAGCUGCACCGUAGUGAUAGACGGAGAGGAGAUCGUGACGGAGACACGGAAGUACCAUAGCAAAGCAAGUGAGAUAGAAGCGCGUUUCGCGGCUGCUGAGAAGGCUAUCAAGAAGCUGCACGUGCUCCCGGUGGACGAGGAGGAAGAGGAAGAGGAUGCGGAAGAGGAGGAUGAGGGAUGGGGCAAUGUGCCCGAGUAUGACUGGUAACUGGACGGUGCACGCGAGAUAUCCUGGAGAUACCUUACGAUGCUCAUCGCUCAAGCUGAUAUCUAUCAACCAGGAGAUAUCCACACGUAGGAAUGCGCACACGGAUUAUGUGUACUUCUAGAAUAUACAGCAUGACACAUUACAUGGGUUCUGCUCUUCUCUUUUUCAUCGACAACCUUGUUCGCACUGAGUAGAACGUCUAGGACAUGA